GGGCGUCCGCAAAGGAACCGGCGGCGGCUUCGCCAAACGAUAACAGGCGUGCCCAGGCAGUCAGCCGUCGGAAACCGGGAGCCGCGCCGCCGCGCGCGCCCCUUCGACGAGUCGCCAUCAUGGCGGAUAAGGAAGCUGCCUUUGAUGAUGCUGUGGAGGAACGGGUUAUCAAUGAAGAAUAUAAAAUAUGGAAAAAGAAUACCCCCUUUCUUUAUGAUCUUGUAAUGACACAUGCCUUAGAAUGGCCCAGCUUGACUGCUCAGUGGCUUCCUGAUGUAACCAGACCCGAAGGCAAAGAUUUCAGCAUUCACCGGCUAGUUCUUGGGACCCAUACUUCGGAUGAGCAAAACCACCUUGUGAUAGCCAGUGUUCAGCUCCCCAAUGACGACGCCCAGUUUGAUGCCUCACAUUAUGACAGUGAAAAGGGAGAAUUUGGCGGCUUUGGAUCUGUGAGUGGAAAAAUCGAAAUUGAAAUAAAGAUCAACCAUGAAGGAGAAGUGAAUAGAGCCCGUUACAUGCCUCAGAAUCCUUGCAUUAUUGCUACAAAAACUCCAUCCAGUGAUGUUCUUGUAUUUGAUUAUACCAAACAUCCGUCUAAACCAGAUCCUUCCGGGGAGUGCAAUCCAGAUCUGCGUCUUCGGGGGCAUCAAAAAGAAGGUUAUGGUCUGUCUUGGAAUCCAAAUCUUAGUGGACAUUUGCUUAGUGCAUCUGAUGACCACACUAUUUGCUUGUGGGACAUAAGUGCUGUUCCAAAGGAAGGGAAAGUGGUGGAUGCUAAAACUAUCUUCACUGGUCAUACAGCUGUGGUAGAGGAUGUUUCCUGGCAUUUGCUCCACGAAUCUCUUUUUGGAUCUGUUGCUGAUGAUCAGAAACUCAUGAUCUGGGACACCCGUUCAAACAACACUUCUAAACCAAGCCAUUCGGUAGAUGCUCACACUGCUGAAGUGAAUUGCCUGUCUUUCAAUCCUUACAGCGAGUUCAUCCUGGCUACAGGAUCAGCCGAUAAGACUGUUGCAUUGUGGGAUCUGAGAAACUUGAAACUUAAGCUACAUUCCUUUGAGUCACAUAAAGAUGAAAUAUUUCAGGUUCAAUGGUCACCACAUAAUGAAACUAUUUUGGCCUCCAGUGGUACUGAUCGCCGACUGAAUGUCUGGGAUUUGAGUAAAAUUGGAGAAGAACAAUCUCCUGAGGAUGCAGAAGAUGGUCCCCCUGAAUUGCUGUUCAUUCAUGGGGGUCACACUGCAAAGAUAUCUGACUUCUCCUGGAAUCCCAAUGAACCCUGGGUAAUUUGUUCUGUAUCAGAAGACAAUAUAAUGCAAGUGUGGCAGAUGGCUGAGAACAUAUAUAACGAUGAAGAUCCUGAAGGAAGCGUGGAUCCAGAAGGACAAGGAUCCUAGACACGUGGCCCCUUUUCUUAUUUCUCUUCCUGUCCUCCUCCUGCCUUUUCUAACUAUCCUAAGACUGACAACAUUUGAGAGAAAGAAGUCACACCCUGUGCAUCCAGCCGCUCAUUUGUGAAUGCUGUUCGACUGAGAAUGUAAAAGGCUGCUGUUGAAUGUUGACAGAUUGGCCUUUUUGACCAUUUCUCUUCUAAAGAAUUUGUGAGCUAUGCUAGUGUGAAUAUCUGUUGCCACAACUAUAAGAUUAAUUUGUGAUUUUUAAAAAAA